AUGCGCUCCACCGAACAAAACGUGGAAUUUGCAGACAGCGACAAGCCGUAUGUCCACCGGAUGAUCGCUGUGGACUCAGUCUGUCUGGAAAUCGAUUCUCAGCUGAAUCGAAUCGAAGGAGCCGUUCAACGACAACCCGGUGAAUCGACGUAUUCAUAUCUGAAGAGAAUCCGAGAGAAAGUCCCAGCGAUUCCUUUAAAUUUGGUGCAUCGCAUCGCUUUCCUACAAGAGGCCGCCCGUUUUCGACCCGAGAAAUUCGAUGUCGCAGAAGUGAUGACGUUGAGAUCAUCGUUGAAUCAGUUUUUGAAAAUAUUAUCCGCUGAAUACGAUUCGCUAGCCGAUGAGCCGGACAUGGCGGCGCCACGUGGCGUCAUCGCCUCCUUUUAUCAAUUUGGACAGAAAAUUAUGCCCAAUAAUUCGGGAUCCAAACGACGAAGGAACAAAUUUGGCGGCAGUGAUGGCGUUCGUCUACUGAUGAAGGAGCGAGAAGAGCAAAUGUCGCUGCUGUCACCGUUGGCACGUGGAUCCACAGAUUCCCCUGGAGCGCACUUGCGACGACAGUCCGAUUCGCACUCGGCACUUUUGCCUCAAUAA